ACACCGGAAUUAGACCGAAACUGGCAAAGGCUGAUCUCCUACCUACCUCAUGAAACAGAUACUUAGGUUGUAGCGUCACUGUUAUUUAGUACUGUAUUAAUAUGUCAAAAGGUUCGCCAAAUUUAACAUCCUUCGAGAUUUUGACAUUACUUUAGCAGUCUUUCAAAUGGCUUUAUAUUUUUCUACAAUUUUUCAUUUUUUAUUGAUGUAUUUAUAAAGACGUUACUUUAAAAAUGUCGCAUCAAAAAUGGUUGAUCUGUUCCAUAUGUUUACAACAUAGACAUCUUGACAAGUGUCGAGAUAUUGACGAAAUAACAGAAAUUUAUCCAAAAAAGGAGAAUAGAACACAUAACGAACGGAAUACAAAAUUUCUUCAAAAUGGUUGCCAUCCACAGAGAAAUAAGGUGUCGAAAUAUGUCCAAACAGAAGAUAUUAAUGAAAUAAUAAGUGAAGUUUUAAAUGUAUUUAAAAGUAAGAAAUUCAAAAAAGACGCAACCACGAAUACAGAUAAGAAACUGGUUAUCAGCAAAACGUUUAAUCUGUCAAUAAACUCCGACUUCGAAUUUCAACAGACUAUCAAAUCGUCGUCAAUACCACAGAUGAAAAACGAAUUGAAGCAGAGACACGAAAAACACAGAGACCCAAUCGCUGAGGUGAAUAGAAUGUUUGCAAAUGUUAAUUUAAAUCGACCGACAGUUAGAAAUGGUCCGCGCAUAUUACCUGUUGUCAAAACUGACAGAUCUGACAAGGCAAGUGUGUUUGUGUGUUGCCAUUAUCAAUGCGAGAAUUAUUUGUAGAUAAUAAAUUGUUUAUCGACUUGUUCUUCUUCUUUGGUAUGUGCCCGGCGCAUUUUGGGCUCAAGAGUCGGUACUUGAUGUUUAAGGAAGAAAUUUAGAAAUGAAAGAAAUUAAAGAAAUGUUAAUUAAGAUUAUGUAAACCCUUUUGCAAAUAAUACAAUUGCAUAAAAAUAUUUACGUUCUAUGGUCGGUUGAAUUAAAUGAAAUUUG